AUGAACAAUCAGAGUAUUAAUAAUACAGAAGAUGAUCAAUCUAUUCGUUAUUUUAAUAUCUAUAUUAAUCUUUUCUAUAUAAUCUUUGGAAAUAUUUGUAAUUUAUUUAAAGUAGCAUUACUUCUUCACAAACCUUUACGUUCUCUUGCAUGUACUGUUUAUUUACUUUUUUCAACAUUCAGCAAUCUUAUUACUCUUAAUAAUUUACCAAUUCUUCAAUUAUUAAUUCGUCUUUAUCCAAAAUAUCAUUGGAUUAAAUUUACUAUUGAUUGGUCAAAUAAUCAAAAUGAAACAAUACUUCUUACAUACAAAAUAUCUUUAUAUGAUAUUAUUAUAUGUAAAAUACGUAGUUAUUUACAUAUGUUAAGUACUGAUUUAUCAUUUCAUAUGCUUUUAUUUGCUUCAAUUAAUCGAUUUUGUUCAAGUUAUCAUAGAAGAAAACGUCAACAAAAUCAAACAUCUUUUCUCAUCAGACACUUUUGUGAUUAUUCAUAUGCUUAUAGAUUAUGUAUACUUUCAUCUAUAAUAUCUGCAUUAUUAUCACUUCAACAUAUAUUUAAUUUUACAAUAAAGUCUCCUGUAGAAGGUUGUAUUCCACAUAAUCGUAUUUUAUGGGCUAUAUGGAUAUCAUCUAUUCAUUGUUUUCUUUUACCAAUAUUAAUGAUUAUUUUUGGAAUAUUAACAUUGAAAAAUAUUCAUUAUUUAUCAGUAUUUGGUGAUUAUUUUUAUCGUUUACAAGGUCGUCGUCGUCGUCGUGGUAAUUGUCGACAAAAACAUCUAUGUAUGGAAAUGUGUUCACAUUGUUCUCAUUGUCAAAAUUCGACUCAUUAUCAAAUCGAUAAACAAUUAACAUUAAUGAUCAUAUGUGAAGUACUUGCAACUAUCUUAACAUCAUUACCAUAUGGUGUUUAUGUCUUUUAUUAUCUUAUACAGACUAUAAAAAAAAGAACAAUAAUUGAACCAAAUCAAUCUGCAUGGAUUCCAUUAUUGAUUAGAAUGACCAUGUAUUUUGAGCCUAGUUGUGGUUUUUGUAUCUAUGUAAUAACAUUGAGUACAUUAAGAAAGUGUUUUUGUAAAAUGUUCAUUGAAAAUAUAUCGUCGGCAUAUAAUUACUGUUGGAGAAAAUAA